AUGGCGAAUGAUGAAGAAGCGAAGAGGGAGAAAGAUGCGGCACAAGAAUCCGAUGGGACGAUGGGAUCUCCCCGGAGAAAUAAUAUGGCGGCGGAGAGAAAGGAGCACGUGUGCCAGUUCUGCCACCGGAGGUUCAUCUCCGGGAAGGCUCUAGGAGGUCAUUUAAGCGCCCAUGUUCAAGCCAGGAAGGCCAAGAACAGGUUCACUACCUUAGAAGAAGAAGAAGAAAUUCAAGAAGAUGAUCAGAUCAACGUGUGUGAGAAGCACUCCCCCUCGAAGAACUCUCUGUAUGGGCACUUGAAAACCCAUCCUGAGGUUCAGGCGAAGGAAGAGAUUCAAGAAGAAGAAGAAGAAGCUCACGAGGUUGUGGAUUUGCUAAGCCGUUUGAAGCCGCAUUGGGGUGCCACCGUUAAGCGAGAUCGCCGAAAGAAAAUGCUCUCUCUCCGUCAUCUGCUGGACGUAGCAGAUAAAGAAGACAGGCGUUUUAGAGGCGCCGAUUUCGGGUCAUCCCAGAAUAAGAAGAAUAAGAAGAAAAUCAAUGCACCAUUUAGGAUGGAAGAUAAGGGGAAGGGAAAAGCUGAUCAUCAUCAUGUUUCGGAAAAUCCAAGGUUUGGUCGAGUGAAAAGGUCCGGUAGCUGUAGCAGUGAUGAAGAUACAGAUGAAUAUUACUGCAAGAAUCACACGGAGGAAAUCAGAAUCAAUGGUGGGAUUCUAAAUCCUAAACAGAUUCAUAGGAAGGAGAAUUAUCUGAACAAGGAAUCAGAACGAGAAUCCAAGAAGAAAAAGAGAGGAGUGGAAGUAGAAUCUGCAGAAGAAGAAGAAGAAGAGAAGAAGAAGUGCAAAUGCGAUAGGGGUUUUAGCAGCUCUCAUCCACUGGGAGGACACAAUAAUAAGGUGAAGACUGAGAUUCGCAACACAAGUAAUGAUAAUAAUGAUGAAAACCAAUCAAUUGGAGUUGAUCGGAGGGUUGAAUCCAGGAUGGUGCAGGUUGCCUCACCGGAGAUACCAACGCCGGCGGCGGCCGGAAUUCCAGAGGUUCUGAGGUUUGAUUUGAAUGAGAUGCCUGAUGCUGCUGCAAAUUAA